GGCGGCGCAUUUGAUUCCGCGGUUCAGGAGAAUUCACAGCCAGAGCGAACUGGGCGCGCGGCGGCUACGCGGAGGCACCAGCUCUUAUUGGCUGGGAACCUUUGGGAGGGGGCAGCAUGCAGAUCCCCCAUGGUCCGCCUCCCUAGGAGUCAGACCUGUUUGCCGCUUCUGGGGUGCAGCGCGGAGCCAGGACAAGAGGUAGUGGUCCUUUUCAAGCAACUCGGUUAUGGAAUGGUAUUAUUCAUGCUCUUCAAAGCCAGGUAGAAAUAAAAAGAAGACGACAACAUCUAAGGACGUACAGAAACUGCUUUACUGGCUCCAAUGCUGUUGAUGUGGUGCUGAGCUAUCUUAUGCACAGUAUGUACCUAAGUAGUAAUGAUCUUUCUCGACUGAAGGGAGUCCGUCUCUGCCAGGCUCUGAUGGAUCACAAGGUUUUUGAACCAGUUGGACCAAAACUAUUCAAGAAUGAGAGAGAGCUAGAGUUUGAAGACACAAGUAAUAGUCUUUAUAGAUUUCUGGACAGCCAUCUUUCUCCUCUUUUACUGAAACAGAAAGGAUAUAUUGAGAACUUGUCCCCUGACGAAAUACUUGAACUUAAAACGAAAAAACUUUCACGAGCAAAAUUUGAAACAAUUUCAAAUCCCUUAGCACUAGAAGCUGUUGAUAAAAGGAUAGAGGAACUUCUACAAACUAUAAAUGUACAUCCCUCUUUACCUUUAAAGAACAUAGUUAAUGAACCAGUCUGUCUACUUUCAAAAAAAGUUACAGAUGAUGUCUGGAAACAACAGACUCUGUUACGACUACUGCAGUUAAUUGAUCUUCCAGUCCUGGAAAAUAUUUUGGAGUUUCCAGACAAGAGGAAAAAUGAUCAUCUUGGCAAAGAGGAAGAUCUGAUUAUCUCAAAUACUUUUCUUGACAGAGAGGUCAUAUGCAGCCUAAAUUUGCCUGAGCUUGACAAAUGGCUUUGUGCAGCAAUUGAAUGCUUGGAGUAUUUUCCAGACCAGCUAAUAGCGAUGGCUGGUCAGCAGUUACUUCAAAUCAGUAAUGAACCAAGUCACUUGAAUAUGCACAAGAAGAUACUUUUUGAUGUGAUAGCAAAAUAUUAUAAUCAAGUGAGAGACCCCCUUCUCAGCAAUCAUGAUCUUGAUAUUCAUUCAGGAAUUGUUGAACUUAUAGAGAAUGGAAAAACAGCACAAGCCCUGGAGGCAUCGCAGCUUUACUUAAGAUUACUAGUGCCAAACAUCCGAGAAGAACUGCGUAGGCUACUGAUGUUUAUGGCUGUUGCAUCAGAACCUGGGGGCUACAAGUUACAAAAACAAUUUGAUAAUAGAUCAGUGAUCAUCAAGACUUUUACCAAGGCCAUUUUACAAAAUAAAGGAUUGUCAAAAAUACACACUGAACAGCUAAUCCGGUUACUGAUGAAGAAUCAUACUGAACUCUUCAAGACCCCUUUAAUUCUGUUGGAACUAAUUAGCAAGAAACUUACAAGCUUGCUGGAAGGACAAGAUCCUGAUGCCAGUUCAGGCUUCACCUUUUGUCAGCGUUUGACUCCUGAAGAAUUUGAAGACCAAAAGCAACAAACAAGGCACCAUCUUCUUGAAUUGAUUCAAGAGAUGGACAGUAAUCCCACCAUUUCUCUUAAGCAGAAAAAGAAGCUAUUCAAAGAAUUCCAAAAGCAUCAUUCUGUAGCACUGUUGUACUGAUUUUGACACUGAAUGCGGUUUUGCACUGUAGCAGAAUGUUUAAAUGAGCCUCGUCAACUAUUCUUUUUAUAAUGCUGACAUCAUGCUUAUGAAGAGGACUCCUUUUCAUAAGCAUUCAUUGUUACAGGGUUGUAUUUUUUUGAAUGACCCCAGUAUUAGACAUUGUUUUUUCUACAGUAGGUAAGAAUGCUGGGCCUCUGUUGCUGCUCUAAGUUUAGGGUCUGGUGACAUUUCUAUUGUGAAAGUUGUCAGAGUUUUAUAGUCUGACUGAAAUUCUGCAUUCAAAGCACUUUUACUCUGACCUAAGUUAGUUACUAAAUUUCUGGGUAUUUUAAAAUUUUGUAUGUCUUUUUAGUUCAUAAUUUUAGUCUAGUUCUAGGACUUAUCUACACAGUGAGUUGGUGUGCAUACAGUGCAUUAGUUGGGGAGGAUCUCAAAGUGGACUAUGGAACUUUUAAUGCACCAUAGCAGCAUCCACAUGGAAAAUUAGUGUGCAGCAAUCUAGCGUGCUGUAUGUUCACAUCCUAGCUUGCCACAUGGACACACCUCAUGGAUCUAUAGGGCACAGAUAUAACAGUAAGAGUGUGCUGCAGAAAACUGACUUAUGUUGGUGUACACUAGAGCCUUGCAUGGGACUUUUUUUUUAAAUCUUGCUCCCGUCCCACCCUGCAAUUCCCACUCCCCCAUUGUUUCUUGCAUUUUUAUCUGAUUCCUACCUUAAAACCCACAAGAGAGACAGAUUCCUCUAUUCUACUGGGGGAAAAAAUUGUCAAAUAUAUUAUAUAAAAAAAAUGGAAUUCAGUCACAAUUUUACCACCAAAAAAACAAAACAUCUUGCUUAAACCAUGUACAAAUACUUUUAACUCCUGGUAUAAUAGACAUCAAAUAUUUCUAUCCCUCACGUAAAUUUAAGUAUUAGAAGCUUUAAAGUGUUUUAUUGCAAAUUACCACAGUUGUGUGGAUUUUUGUUUUGCCCACCCAAUCUCACCCACAACAAAGCUAUUAUGACAGUGGGACCCAUGGGAUCCCAGUCCCACUGCAGAGCUCUGGUCUAUACCAUAGAUACAGGGAUGGGCAGGUUUGUGUAGUAAAUGUCUGAUACAGAAAUGUUUGAUUCCUGAUUAUAGCUGUGUAUGUGUAUAGUAUGUUACCAUAAUGGUUCUUUGAGUAAUUCUUAAAUUAUAUUGUCUUAUUAAGCCUUAAAUAAUUGCCUUAACUGAUGUAUUUAAAGUGUACAUGUACCAGUUAAACACUUUAGUAUGAGGUAAUGUGGAAAUGUCUUACACACCCUUAGUGUUAGAUUCUCGUUACCUCAGAUUUUUCAUAAGUUUAACUUACUUCAGUUAUUUUAGAUUUGGCUAUGGCACGUGAGUCCUUAGUAUUUGCAGCUGCAAACAUAGCCUGAGUAAUACUUUUGUAUGCACAGCUUGUGCUCUGUAAAAUCCUGAUUUAAAAACUUGCAUAAUGUUGAGUAAAAGUUGAGGAGUAGAUUACUUUGUCUAUGAUGACCUCAGAAGUAGUCUCCGGGGAGGAUGAAGAGUGUGUGAGGUAUAGCUUCAGUUCUUUAUCCUCUACCUGUUACUGUAAUGCUGUGAAACAUCAGUUUUUGGAAAAAAUAAGAUUUAGACACCAACUUUGAAAUAUACAUAACAAAGGUUGUCUCUUACUAAAUUUUAGCCAAACAUUUAGAGCUGCAGCACAGAUGUUUUUGAGGAAAGUUUUGGAACUUGAGGAGACUGCAUAUGUGUACUUUAAAAAAAAAAAUUUAUCCUUGAAUUGGUUGAUCUACUGGAAAAUCUUGCAUUAGGAAUUUAAAAAUUAAGUGUUUAACAUAUCGCUGUUAUAAAGAUUUGUGUAAGAGGAUUGGGAAAAAUCAGUGUUUUAUCUUAUGACUUAAAUUUCACAUUAAAUAAGUUAAUGAUUACCUACUUAAUACUAGUACAAAUAAUCUACAGAGCUUAACACCUUUCAAGAUAGAUGACAAAUUAAGUACAUUGUUUCCAAGACGCUUCAAACACUGCAAAUUCCAAAAGCACAUUAAGCUACUUUAAAAAGAGGUUGGAGCAUUUAAGUUGCCAUUUACUUAAAUCACUUACAAUUAUACGAGCAAGAUUACUACUGUAUACUGAAGGGUUUAUAGUUUACUAAUUCAGUAAAAUAAUAAAGCCAUGAAAUAAAUCUCUUCCCUUAAGCUAUUGCAGUGGCUUUGCUCUGACACUUAAUUUCAGAAGUGUUUGCUUUACCUUAGUAGGAAUUCUACCAGUGGGGUGAACAAAUCUUAUGUAACAUCUUGGCCAAUGAGAAUGCUAUAUUAGUGGGGCCUCAUUUUUCAGAGGUGUUGAGCUCCUACAGCUCCCAUUUGUUCUUUUCUACAGUUUUGGUGGUCACCCUGUGAAACAUCAGGUCCUUACUCAGUUAGGUACUUAGAUUCCUACAACAUUUGAGUCAUGUCCUCUGAGGGAGGAAAAAACAAUCUCUCCAUGUUAAGCGUGAGGGUUUUUUCUAAAUGGAAGUAGGAAGAUGGGUUCUAUUGGGGGGGAAAAGGAGCCUGGCAAAAAAAGUUACUAUACUUCCAGUUUUUCACCAUCAGUUAUAAUUUCAACCAUACACCAGCAUUCAAGGGAACUACAUUAGACUUUUAAAGUGCUUGUUUAUCAACUAUCUUAACUAGGUAGUUCUGCCACAAAUAUUUGUAAAGGAAUAUUGCCUUUGCAUCUCUUUGAGAAUGUACUCCCACCAUGGCAGCUACCAAAUAUGUUAAUUAGAAUAAAGUAAUUAUCCUAGGACCUUUCAAUUGUCUGUAGUUUUGUGGUGGUGCUAGGGAAAGAAUGAGAUUGUUCUUCUGCAUUAAGUUCAGUUCAGCUUCUCUCAAUAGUGAUGGAUAAGGCUACGAUUAUGUCACGGAGGUCUUGGAAUCCGUGACUUCCAUUGACCUGUGACAUUUUCUGCCCUGGGGCUGGAGCUCCCAGCCAGCCCUGCCCUCACCCUGAUCUUGGUGGGGGGACCCAGUUUAGCUGUGGCGGCUGGCCGGACCUGGCACAGCUGCUCAGUGGCAGGCAGGCAGACCUGUGUCUGCCCAGCGGGGACUCCCCUGAACUGCCCAGCUACAGCCAAAGCCAGGGGGACCCUGCAGCUACCUGCUGCACAGGAAGGGGACCCCACAGCAUCACAAGCCCAGGGGUGGGGGACUCCAGAGCUCCCAUGCACCACAUCAGUAGGGGACCUGGGAGCCCCAGCAGCAGCAAUCGGUGCUGAACCCACCUCUCUCUUGUCAGGGGGCCAUGAAUUUUUGUUAAUUUCCUAUGACCUGUCCAUGACUUUUACUAAAAACAUCCAUGACACAAACUUAGUGAUGGAUGAUGUUCUGCUGCUAGCAAGAGGGCUGAAUACCUAUUGCUAUGGAAACAGUAUCUUUACAUUUCCUAAUUUUUUUAGAAAUCUCAGCUAAAACUCAUUCCUGCCACUCCUGACAUUAUCAGCUUACAAAUGCAGAUUGUACCAGAUAUCCACAAACUUUAAAAUUUCAAAAACAUGGUAAGUACACUUGAUAUAAGAUCUUAAGUGAGACUGUGUUCUGUAGCUACUUGGUAGAAGAAAGUAUUCUCAGAGUUUAACCUUCAUCUUGUAACCAAAUUUGUUAAUUCAGAACUGAAUGAAGUCUUAGGCUGCACACACAAUGGGGCUGUGGAAGAGACUUUAAAGUGGAAGCUAAUGUUCCUGCCUAGAUUCCCACUUUCCUUGGGGAAAUAGAGGUUUUGCUACUCUUGUCUUGCCAUUGUUUUGUCCCCAAGUGCCUGCUCUUAAAUAGCAUUACCUACAACUUAUAUAAAGUAGCAAUUCUGAAUGAAGGCACAAUGAAACUCUACGGAGUAUGUAAACACCUAACCCAGAUCUUCAGACCCAGUUAGUGGCCCAUGAGUUGCUCUGCCAUGUCAUUUCCUUCUUCUAGAGCGCCCUGACCCCUCCCUUUAAAGGGUCAAGAGCCAAAAAACAUUCUUGCCACCAAGAGGCAGUAUAUUAAAUGACAAAUUCUGGCCUUUGUAUCAAUAGUUUAAGACUUUUUAAUUUUGACAGGAAAUCACUGUCACUUAACUCCUGCUCCUUUCCCUAUGUUAUAGUUCUUGGCUGACCCUUCUGGGCUUUAAGGCUUGCUUGCCUUGUUAAUCCACCUAUUGCAAUUGUCUGUCAUUGAGUGGUAGUUUAAUAUUUUUGAAUGCUUAUAUGACCAUCUGUAAUUCCUACCCAUUUGACUUUUGUUGGUAAGUGAUCUAGCCUCACAGACUAAUUAUUCAUAGUGCCUUGCUCCUUAAUUCACUAAUCAUAGUCUGAUGUUACUCAGAGCUCUCUUGAAUCAUUUAGUUACUUCCCUUUUACCUGCCCAGCAGCCAGUACUGUGGGUGAGAAAUGAACAGCAGCUCUCCAUGCAGGAGGUGGAAAUGGAAUAACCAUUCAGGCCUAGCACAGCUGCUGUGGUUCGCACCUCCUGCACCCCAUGUGGGUGCUUGGCUGUUUCAAGCCUUGUGAGAAGUAGGGAGAACUGCUCCGGGCUUGUUAGUGCUGUGCCUUUCUGGGGUUUGUGUCCAGCAUUCAUGCUGGCUGCUGUAGCAUUAGAUCUGGCUCACAACUGCCUAAACCCUGGCCUCCAAUGUUAGUUCAUUUCAAUGGUAAAUAUAUCUUCAAUUCAUAACAAAACUCUACCUUAUCUCCUCCUCACUCUUUCCCCUCCCCUCCAGUCUUAAAACUCUGCCACCUCAUUCCCACCAACAGCGAGCCCACCCUUUCACCACCUCAAAUGGACUAUCUCUGAAGAUCAGAGUCUAGCUUAGUGACAUUUAUGUUCUUUACACAGAACUAAGUCUGUAGAACUCACUCUAAAUUAUCUAAUUCUACCAUUGCUGGGUUGUUCCAUAAAUCACUUCUAGUAUUUUGUUGUAAAAUCACAUGCACUUUGUUCAGUAACCAGUGAUCCUCUUCCCUUCCGGUUCAUACUAUACUCCAGAGAUGGGGCAAGGAAAGAGUGCUACAAUAUAUUGCAUGCGAAAUGCAAAGGUGUAGCCUAGCCCAGACAGGUUUUGUUUUUUAAGGAAACAGGCUAUACAUUUCAAAUUAAUUAAAUUAUUACACGAGAAAGUUAGAUUAAGAUGUUUUGCAAAGGCCAGUUGGAAACGUUUAAUUUUAAUACAU